AUGAUCUCGUCGGUCGUGUGGGUGUCUAGCCGAGGCGAGAGCGCUGCGUCAACCGGGAAGCCGCGACUUCGAAGCCGCUGGACCUGUGGUAGUCGCCGCGACACCCGCCCUCACUCGACGACGGUCCGGGGAGGAGGAGGAGAAUCUCGGCUGGGAACGGGGAGGAGGCUGGGAGGGGAUCGGGGCAAGGUCCAGCCAGACAGCCAGCCUCAAGGUCAGCUGGAAGGGGCUUUUGCACCAAAAAUCGGCUGGCAGAAGAGUCGGCUUUUUCGUACGGGGCUGCUGCGAAACGUCUGGGCGCAAAAACUAAAAGGGCGGGGAUACAAGAUAAGUGUUGCACCAACACUGCAAGGCCGUGGCGCGAAGACCGAUAAGCCCAUUACUCGGCCGUUCACUGCCCCAGCCGAGGAACGACUCCCAGACAUUUUCCGGAGAUUCGAAACCCUCGCAUUAGAUGGCGGCAGACGGCGCAAACGGAACGAAUUAAUCAGUUGUCACCUUUGGGCGCUCUUCCGCAUGUUUCGGCCGCUGGACUGGCACGACGGGUGCGUGUAA